CUCCUCCUCGUCUCAGCAUCCAUUCCCGGUCGGAGGAUCGGAGGAUGAGUCUCGUGUCCGCCGCUCUGUGACAGAAGAGCCUCGGAACGACGAAGCGGACACCGGAGCGGAAGUGUCCUCAGCCCGCGGUAAGCCAUGCCGUUGGUGAAGCGGAUUAUUGAGCCCAGGUAUCUGUGUCGCGGCGCUCUGCCUGAUGGGGUCGCCAGUGAGCUGGAGUGUGUGACCAACAGCACGCUGGCUGCUGUCAUCAAACAGCUGGGCGGACUCAGUCGUCAUGCGGAGGACAUCUUCAGUGAGCUGUUCACAGAGGCCAACAGCUUCUACCUGAGGAUGAGCAGCCUGCAGGAGCGUGUGGACCUGCUGGCUGUCAAGGUCACACAGCUGGACUCCACCGUGGAGGAAGUGUCUCUGCAGGACAUCAACAUGAGGAAGGCUUUCAGGAGCAGCACCAUCCAGGACCAGCAGGUGGUGUCACGGACCUCCAUCCUCAACCCUGUUCUGGAAAUGUACCAACGCUGCGACAAACCACCGCCCCUCAACAUCCUGACUCCUUACAGGGACGAUAAGAAGGACGGUCUGAAGUUCUACACCGACCCAUCGUACUUCUUCAGCCUCUGGAGGGAAAAGAUGCUGCAGGCCACCGAGAAUAAACGCAAAGAGAAGAGACGACAGAAGGAGCAGAAGCAUGUGGAGGAGUCUUCAGGACGGGAGGUGAAGAAGGUUCGGAAAGCUCGGAACAGGCGGCAGGAGUGGAACCUGAUGGCGUACGACAAGGAGCUCCGUCCAGACGCUCGAGUGACACCAUCACCUUACCACACCUCAGACGGUUCAAUGUCACCUGACAGGUCAGGGAUGUCAGACGACACGUCUUUCCUCUCCGCUGCUCACCACCAUGACGCCCAGGGGCAUGAUGGGAAGGAUCAUGUCACAGUGGCCACAGGUGGAAGUGGUCAGACUCAGUCGCUGGACCGCGCCCUUCGACCUGCCUCUGCAUCCUCUGCAGUCACCACAGCAACCGCGCGCCAGCACUCACUGGGCCGCAACCAGCCGCAUCAUCACCACCACCAGCCACCACUCGCCGGCUCAGCCAAUCAGAAUGGAGCACGGCCUAAUACUGCCAAGGAGGCCAAUGACCAUCAGAUCCCUCCGGCCCCCCCACCACCCCCCCCUCUCAUGCCAUCAGCUGGACAGAUGGCAUUCCCCAACAACACUGCUGCCAUGGCAACACCGCUGCAUCCAGCAGCUGCUCCUGGUAACCAAGGUGGCGCUGCUGUCCUCUCUCGGCCCUACAGCCCCUCCCCUCCCCCACCCCCCCCAGCCAACUAUGCCCCCUCCCCCUCACGGCCCGGAGGCCAGGCCCCACCCUCGGCCAAUGCACCUCCAGUGCCACCGGCAACAGAUGGCAGGAAGCCGCCGGGUGGACCAAACUUUCCGAUGAACGACGCCCGUAGUGACCUGCUGGCUGCGAUACGCCGAGGGAUCCAGUUGAGGAAGGUUCAGGAGCAGCGUGAGCAGGAGGAAGCAAAGAAACGAGAGCCCACAGGAAAUGAUGUCGCCACCAUCCUGUCGCGACGCAUUGCCGUAGAGUACAGCGAAUCAGAGGAGGAGUCUGAACCCGAGGACCAGGAGUGGUCCGACUGAGGAGAGGAGAACGUCAUAAAAACAGAGCCCAGAUCAGUCACAACCUCAAACUGUCACAGGAAGUAAACAACAUAAAAACAAAGUCUGGAGAAAAUUUUGACGAUGCAGACACUAGUUGAAAAUGUUCCUUAAUUGUCAGAAUCAGUGAAUAUUAUUAGUUUAUUGUUCUCAUCAGCAGUUAAUGUAUAUAUUAUGUUCAACAAGCUGGAGGUGGAGCCUGAAUGUGGAUGCAGAGAAAUAUUACGUACAGUUACCUCAGCUGGCGGACAGCAGAUGUCAAAAUUAUUCUUUGACAAAAAGUUCUGAAAUUUCCUGAUCUGCUUCCUGCUCCUCAGAGGAUGAACCCCGUAGAUGUUAAUGACUCCAUCAUCUUCCUGUUAACUCCACCUGCAGGACAAACUGCUCAGACUGAGGGAACAGACCUCUGCAGCCUGCAGGGGCCGCUAAUGCCAACACAGACGUCACCUCCGAACAGCUGCACUGGAAAUAUUUGAUAAGGAACCUUGAAACGGACUCAGAUGAAGAAUCGAUGAACUCUGAGCAGCAGGCUGUCAGUGCUAAGGAGGACACUAAUGACAAGACGCUAACGACAAGACAUUAACAAGGCGUUAGGCAGCUGUAAAUCUGUUGAGAUGAUUAAACUCUGUUUCCUGGUUGUUUUCAAGGAAACUGUAAAGGAAGGAAAAGUCAUGACGUCACUGACGACAUUUGAAUUUAGCAUUUGAGCCAGACUUUAGUCCCAACAUUCAACUCGUCACACAUCGCCGCUUUGUCAUAGGACUGUCACCUCUAUGUAUCACGUUCUAGGUGUCUUCCUGUGUCUGCUGUUGACGUUGCGGGACGCUGAAACCAACGCCGUGGACAUCAACAAAAACACAUGGUUUCGGAAAAAACAUACUUUGGCUCUACGUUCAUACAGGAAGUGACCAGCUCCCAAGCCAAAGUCCAGUGUUUGUUGGACCCGUCCACUUCCCCUCCCGCCUGCUCUAUAGCGACCGUUCAGCUCCUUAUAUCAUGUCAUCACUGGCAGUGUUUCAAACUGACGCCAUCCUGUGGCUUAUCACACCACUGCGACAGGUUGCUUUUGGUGUCGGUGUCUGAGGCUUAACUCACUGACAAAGCGCCGGUAUUUGAUGACUUCAGAAUGAGAAUGGGCCGUAGGUAUUAUCGGGGGUCAAAUCAAACUAUAACCCAUCGUAUCUUUGUUGUUUCACCUUUGACUGAAAAAUCCUCCCACCAGAUUCAGAUUUUAUCUAGACGUGUUUGUUUGUUUACCUCGUUACAGGAGUCCAAACGGAUUGUGUCUCUAGAUAGCUAAAUGCUACCUGGGUUAGUGGCUACAUGUGUUAGGUUAUCAAUAACUAACCAACUUUAAACUGGUAAUGAUAUUUAAUAACAUUCAGGAGUGCUAACGUUACAUGUUUACUAUUAUUGUCAGGGGGUGGCACUAGGACCUUCAUCACUUACUGAUACUUUUACUUUGUUUGUUCAUGAACUAAGUUAGCAUCUGCACUUUGUUUAGUUAACGAUAGCCAGCAGGCAACCUACAUUAAUUUGACCCUUAAACAUCAGUAAUCAAUAAUCAAUAAUCCUGAUGAAGGUGAAGAAACAAGACAGACAGCUGUGGUGUUGGUGAGUGAUGACAGAUGUUACCGCCUGGUGCAGCUAGCUAACGUUAGUACAAAGGUAAAUGACCGAGGCAGACUGUGAGACAUGACGGCACACCCUCACUCCUGGGUUUCAGAUAUUUAUCAAACUGACAGAUCAAUGAUUAGAACCAUUAAUGAAGUGAUGUUGUUCUAAUCACAGUGUGAUCAGUGACGACUGCUCCAUCUCUUCAGGGAUCAGAUGUAACGGCAGGUUGUGUUCACACCUGUCCUGUUUGGUUCGGUUCAGUCAAACUGAGGUUGGUUUGUCCCCUCAGUUCAGUUCAUUUGUGCAGGUGUACACACACUAAACCAACCAGACUGAGACCACGUUUACACAUAGCCGGGUAUUUAGAGAAACGAAUAUCCCCCCUGUUUUCAGUAAUAACAUCGUGCAUACAACAUCGUUUUCAAAAAUGUUGUCAUUUACAUGAACCCGGAUAAAUACGCCGUCGAGUGCCAUCAUAACUAUGCCAAACCUAUGGGCGGCAGUGUAGAGAGAAGGAUGAAGCCAUGCAAGCCAAUCAGAAUCCUCAGAAUCGACAACAACAACAACAACAAUGAAUAAGACGCGCGACUUCCUGUUCCUUUCAAAACAGUAAACAUGGCGAGAGGUUCGUUUGUGUGGACUGACAGUGAAGUGGAGCUACUCCUAAAUGUUGCUUUAAACAACGGAUUUCCAUUGGAUGCGCGUCCGUUGCGGAAUGGCAGCGCUGGUUAUCGUUAUCGUUAUUGACGUGCUCAGCCGUCCGUCAACACCCACCAGCUACGUUCGCUGUGCGGAGCGGUGCAGCUCCGCCGGAAGACAUCUCGGUGCACUGCCAUGAUUAAUAUCUCCACGUCCAUGGUGUCAACAGGGUGAAAUGACAUCUGAAAACCUUUGACCUGUUGACUUCAGGUCCCUUUGCGUGUAAACAAGAGGCCAAACCACAUGAAAAUAUGUCUGGUUCCAAAGGAACUCUGGUGCGGUUGGUUUGUGGUGAGAAGGUGUUGCGACCUGGAUGUGAAGCAACUGCAGUCACAUGACACAUUGUUUGGGUUAAACAUGAGCAUGUUACAGUCCUGGAGGAUUAUUAAUGUGCACCUCCUCCUGUACUGCCUUAACAUGCACAUUCAGCACAUCCAAUGCAUCAAAACAUUGUUUUCUAGUUGGAGCCGCGUUUGCCUCGUUUUCAAACUGUAUGCUUUGACUAAAAUGAACAAUGACAGCAGUAUAGUCCACGAUGAGCAGCGCUAAAAUCAACCUGCGUAGAUGUCCCUCCAUUGUGACAUUAGAAAGUGUCACAUUUAUCUUGCAAGUGUACUCUUCUUCAACGUUUGCUUUACUUCCUGGAUUUUUCCCACAUGGAAAUUCUGACCAAUCAAGAGCAGCUUUCUCACACAAGGCAUUUGAUCUGGUCCUCUUGUAAAUGCUGCCGUGAGAACACCAACCAACUCUAGGCAAUUAUACAACUUUGGAACAACAUGAGUCCCUGAUUCAGACCAGAGGAGACCACUCUGUGUCAGAUAUCACGGAGCCAACAGGAGCUAUGAUCAGUUUAUGUCCAAUAACGAGGAAAACUAACAAACACGUAGAUAAAAAAUAGUUGACAUCACCUCAGGCGUGUUUUUAAUCAGGUGGGAGGAGUUAACAGUGACAGGUGACACAGCAGAGAUCUGAUGGAUUAUAGUUUGAUGUGACUCCUCCCACAUGUCACUGACAUCAUCACUUCUUCUGUUCCUGGUUGUUUUUCUUCUUCAUGGAUAAAAAGUUUUUUAUUUGUGCUCAGAUCAGCUGUUUCUCUGUCAAACUUCUGAUCUUCAUGUUUAGAGAUUUUCUUAUUUUGUUUUCAGUCCUCUGACUUUUCAGAUUUUAGUGGAUCAUCUGACGGCAGCGGUUUGUUCAAGUGUAAAUAUUUUCUUUGGACGUGUUUCUUCUUCGCUGAUUCCAGCCUCUGACUCAUUAGUUGCUAUGGUAACCAUGAACAUCGGUGAGAUGCUCUGUCAAUCACAUGCUGCUUUGCGUUCUAAUGAUUACUUCCUCCUCAGUCAGCGCCGUCUGGUGUCCCAUGAUUCUCUUUGUGUGACAUCAUGUGUCGUCGUUGUGCAGCAUGUGGCGUGUGAAGUUGUGACAUCAUCUGUGUUAACAGGAAGCAGUAAAACGAUGACAUCAUCUAGUGAAGUAAAAACUGCAGUCCAUUUGUGUGAUGUUGGCUGCGGCUGAUGAUGUAAACCACUUCCUGUCCUGUAGCUUCUGUGAUUGGUUGUACUGAUAUAUUGAUUUAUUGAUCCGUGCUGUGAUUCUGCAUGUUGGUGGAAAACGUGACGACUUAUAAAACUGAA